GUGUGUGUGAGAGAGAGAGAGAGAAUUUCUCCCAAUUUCUGACACAUUUUCACACCUUUUUUUCUUUCUGUUACCGACCUGUUUGUAGCUCUGCACAGCCUACUGUUUCCACCCGUACAACAAUACAGCCUCCAUGGUUUAGAGCAGGCGGACACAGCGAUGGAGAGGACGAAGAGGCUCAAAUACUCAAGCAGGGGGAACGUUUAUAAAUGAAUGAAAACAUGCCAGAGGGGCCAAUUGUUCUGUAUUCUUUCCAGAGAAUUGAAAGUGAAAUACAUUUAGUCCUAUAAAACUAAAUAAACAUAUUAUUUAUCUAUCUGGAUUCUUUAAAAGUCAACCGAAUGCAGGAAACAAAGUCUCCUGGAGGAGGAACAUCAUCCUCAUCACUCUUCUUGAGGUGUCAAAAGAGAUUUUCUUCACACCUCGGGAGGGACAAUCUUUCAUAACGGGACAAAGUUAUCACCGUUUACCUUCCACAGUGUUUCCAGAACUGAAUAAUAAGAGUUUAGAAAGAGAAAGAGAGAGAUGUUGGCAGAAAGAAAUGAAUCUCUCUGUCCUCUGAGGAAUGUCCUCUGGCGUUCCCACAGCGCCACCGACACGCUAACAGAGAGCCAUUGUCCAACACACACACACACACGUGUGUCUUUCUGUACUUGUGAGGACUCUGUGUUGAGUAUACUCAUUCAUAAUUCCAACUUUAACUCCUCUGCUGAGUAUUUAUACUUUAAAAAUGUAAGAAAGGGAGCCGUAACAUCAGAGGUACAGUCUGCCUGUGUGGUGUGAAUUCUACGCCUGUGAAGACAUUGAGUUUACACACACACACACACACACACACACACUUCCUGUAGUGCUGAUAGUUGAGGGUGUUACCGGUAACUGUAUCCUCGGCCACCUACUUCUGUCAGCAGCCUGUUAUCGUGGCCGAAGUGUGUCUGUGUCUGUGUGAUGCUCUGAUCCCCUCAGACUCCGAUCAUAUUUUAUGUAAAACGUAAACAGUGAUGAACACAUUGAUUCAUUAGAAUUAAAAGCUGAGAAUAUUUACUUCACAGUAUUGAAUCUUUUUCAUCUGUAAGAGUAAGAAUGCGUUAUUUAAGUUAAGUCCUGUUCAUGUGAUCAUUUGAUGUGUGUGUGUGUGUGUGUGUGCGUGCGUGCGUGCGUGCGCGUGCAGGAGUGGUCUCCGGAGGCGAGUCGCUCCAUCAGCAGGAAGGUGCGAGGUGGAAACUCCAAGGACAACGUGGUCACCCUCACCAACAUCGUGUCCUCGGGCGGAGUGGGCGUCCCACCGAGUCCCAUCACGCUGGACACCGGCAGGGUGAAAGAUUAUUCGUCGGACUGGUCAGACGAGGAGAGUCCUAAGAAGGAGCUGGCGGUGAACGGCGUGGGGGAGGAGGACGAGGAGGAGGAGGAGGAGGAGGAGGAGGAGGAUCAGGUAGAGGGGGUGCGAGUCCGAGCGCUCUAUGAUUACACAGGCCAGGAGGCCGAUGAGCUCAGCUUUAAAGCAGGCGAGGAGCUGCUGAAGAUGAGUGAGGAGGACGAGCAGGGCUGGUGUAAAGGACAGCUGAGCGGCGGCCAGGUCGGCCUCUACCCCGCCAACUACGUCCAGGCCGCCGCCUCCUGAUGGCCCGCCCCUCUCCGGUCACCCAGCCAACGGUACAACUACACUCGAGAUGCCAGGACCAAUGAGAAGCUGACGUGUAGACGGUGAAACCAGACGGUUUCUGCAACUGACUGUAAAACUCGUCACAGAGUUUGUUUUUCUUUUCUUUGAGCUGUGUUUUUGAAAAUCAGCCUCAGCCUCAGACCGAGGUCAAAGUCCGGAGUCCUGCCGACACGAACAGACACUCAAACAACACAACACGGGAUGUUGUGGAUUUCGGCUCGCCGCCAUCUUUUUCAGUUGCUCGAGUCAGAAAAUGCACAUGUACACAAAGAGGACAAGACCUGGGUGAGGUCAUCAACAGGGCUGACUGUGAUUGGUUGAAACAUCUGUCAAUCAAACACAUGCUUCUUUUUAAAGAAAUUGAUGAAUCUUGCAGAGUUGGAUGAGAAGCUGGAUACCACUUUCAUAUCUCACGUAAGACUAAAGCCAGCAGCCUGUUAGCUUAGCAUAAAGACUGGAAGUUUAAAGACUUUCUUUUGGAAUUAAAAGUCUUAUUAAUUUUUGUUAAUUGAAUGUUAAACGAGAAAACUCUUGCAGAAACUCUUGAUUUGAAUCACCGGUACAAAAGAUUACUGUUUUAGAAAAUAUUUGGUUCCCUGAUUUAAAAAGUCAAAGUUUCAAACUCCCAGGAUGCAUUUUGUCAAGAGACAACUAAUUGAACCUUCUCUAAGCCCCGCCCCCAGCUGUCGGGAACCUGGUCGGAGCUGGCUGAUGCUAUGAUUGGCCAGUCUGCGUUCGAGAGGCGGGACUUAGCGAAUGCUCAGUUAGCGGUCGUGUGUCUAAAAUUGCAAAAACUCAACCGCAAAGUUAACCAUUCAAGUUUAUUGCUCAUCUUUUGCAACUCGUGGGUCAACUUCUAGUCAUGACCCAGUUACAAGCUUAACUACUUGUGUAACAAUCCGUCGUCUGUUUCCGGUCCAAAUGCUAUGCUAAGCUAACCGGCUGCUCGCUGUAGUUUUCUCAACCCGUCGGCAUAAAACUAUAUUUUUAUUAAAGCCUUAGUAUUCUCAUCUUUAAAUAAAAUUAACUUCUUGUGGGGAAAAUAUAAUUUUAAUAGAAAAUGUGGGACUUUUUUCAGUAGUUUUCAGUCUUUGACCUAGUGGCCGUUUGAGGAACUGCAGCUUGAGGUACCUCUUCAUCUUCAUCUUCAUCAUCCUCUCUGCUCAGCUGCUUGAUUCAAAAGAGACGAAACAAACCCGAUGAACAGACUGUCGGUGCCUUAAGUGUCUGACCGAGGAGCCACCGCUCCCAGUAGAAACCAGUAGAAUCUCCCGGUACCUGGACUUUAGAGUGUUCUAGCUUCUGAUUGGCUUGUUCAGCUCGACGGCGGUUCGCUUCAGUUAUUUUGUAGGUUUUUAGGCGCGACACUGAAUUCACUUUCUUCCCUCUUUUUUUUUAACGUGUUAGCUGUAUGUUUAUAUGAAGUCAACUUUGAUUGUUGACCUGUAAACUGUCGCUACCGGUUCUUUUUUUUUUUUUUUAAGAAUAGCAUUUUUAUAGUCAAAUCUUCUUACUUUCUAAUUUAUUCUCUUUAAUUUAGCAAACUCUCUUCAUUUCAGUAAAGCUGACUGUUUCGAUUUUCUUGUUGCUAGUUUAGUUUUGCGAUCACGAAGCACACGCACUUCAAACAUCUGGAAUAAUAAGUGAUAAUAUUCUGUCAGGUUUUGGGGUAUUUUCUAUGUGUAAGUUUGUGGUUUGUGUGUGAGGAGCCUCCUCUGUCCUGCUGAUGUCAGCAUCCCGACAGCUAACCCACCGUUACUAAGAGAUCAUUAAAACGCUACAGAGCUGCUUCUUCAUUCUUUCCUUUGCUUUAAGAAACUCUAAGGUGUACAGAAGGUAAAGCAACAAUAAAGAGCUUUCUGCAGCUG